AUGAUCAAUGAAGUGUGGACCACAUCUAAAUGGAAACGUUUAUCACAAUCAGGGAAAAAUAACAGAAAUAAAUUAGAAGAUGGCUCUGUUUCCAAACAUACCGAGGGUUCUAUAUCUAUUCGUCAACAUAAGAAAAGAAUGCAAGCAAUGCUUAAACGCCCUCCUACAGGAGUUGAACUUUAUGCAAGGUUGCACACUAAAUGGUCUACUCAAGAGUAUAUUACACCAAAGGCAGCUAAAGUUAAGGAGGCUUAUGAAAGUGCUAUGGUGGCUAAGUUUGGUGAUGAUACUAGUUGUCACCCCCUCUUGGAUAAUGAAACAUGGUGUGAAGUUUCCGGAGGAGUCAAGAAAGGAAGAAUAUAUGGAUUCGGAUAUGUGUCUAAUCCAGCGAGCUUUUUGGAAGGAACAUCUAGUACAAUAACAUCCCAAGAGGUUGUCUAUGAACGUGUACGAAACGAGAUGCGUGACGAAAUGGAUGCUAAAGCUGCAGAAAUGGAAGCUAAACAUCAACAAAUACAUGAGGAAAUGGAUGCCAAAGCUGCAGCAAUAGAUGCCAAACAACAAAUUGAUGCAAAAUAUGAAGCAAUGGAGAAGAUGUAUGCAGCCUUGCAAAAUAUGAUGGGAAAUUGAAAAUUAGAGGUAAUAUGAUGUUAACCAUUAGUAUUUGAUGUUUUUGAAUGACUUGAAUGAGAACCGAAGAUGAUUGGAUGGAUAUGAAAUGAAGAGAGCAGCUAAAAUGUUAUUUUGAAGGUUAAACUUUUUUCUGUUUGUACCUCUUUUGCAUACUUUGGAUUUCUUGGUGCUAAAAUGUUAUUUUGAAGUUAAACCAUUGGGAGUUUGAUGUUAUAAGGAUAGUUUCGUUUUUGGAUGUUUUUUGAAUGACACUUUGGUAAACUUUGAUAGUUUUGGUGUUUUAAUGCUUGGUUGUAUCAUUAUUUGAUGUUCUUUAGUAUAAUAAUUUGAUGAUUAUAG